CCCCUCCUGGAGGCCCUCAUCCUUUUCCCUGUCAUCUACUACCCCUCCUGGAGGCCCUCAUCCUUUUCCCUGUCAUCUACUACCCCUCCCAAAGGCGCUCUCUCUUUUCUCUCAUCUUUUUUUCUCUCCAAGGCUUCUCUUUAUGACGUUUCCAAGGACAGGGUCACAUCUUCUCUUGGGUGAACACUUCCUCUUGCAGCGAGUUAGACUGUCCAGUUCCUGGUGCAGGUGAAUGGCGGGAGAGGAAGGAAGCCACUUUAGGCUGUGUCAGGGAUGGACAGCGUUGAUCCCGGAGUGCUGCAGGUCCAGAGUUGCCCACUUCCUGACCUACACGUCAUAUCUUUGGUUUCCCCUCUGCAGAAAGCAGAAGUAGGAGGUGCCCCUCCCCCGAUGAGACUCCCACCGCCCUACCGGCCACCCGGUCAGCUGACAGAGGACCAGGACGAAGAGCUGGAGGGAGUCAAAGAGCGGAUCAGGUUGCGUUACGGGGAGCUGURCGGGGAGCUGCUGUGUGUGGAGCUGGACAGGGAGCGUCAGGGCCUGGGUCUGAGCCUGGCRGGGAACAAGGACCGCUCCUGCCUCAGCAUCUUCGUGGUAGGCAUCAGCCCCGGGGGCCCCGCUGCCAAGGACGGACGCAUCCGCGUAGGGGACGAGCUGCUGGAGAUCAACAACCAGGUCCUGUAUGGCCGCAGCCACCUGAACGCCUCGGCCAUCAUCAAGAGCGCCUCGUCCAAGGUCAAGAUCACCCUGAUCAGGUAG